AUGUCGGCAGUCCAAGAGCUCAAUAACGCUGCUUACAGUCGCACACCGGCGUGGCCCGACUCGAAUACUUGUCCCGAUCUGCAGACACUGCGUGGACGCUUUCUGCGGCGGCUUCAUCUUUUUCUUCUCUAUGGUCUCUGGGUAGUUGGAAUUGGCUUUUUCAUAGUGAUGUGGAGUUUCUCGCUCAUCUGUAUAGUUCACUGGGUAUGGAAUACUCUCGUAAGUGCAGAUGCUACUCCGAUUCCACGAGCCGCGCAGGUUUUUCUCGGUCUCAUCGCACUUCAUGAGAGCUACCAUUUCGUGACUCGGCCUUCGCUUCACCGGUGGCCGUUCAUGAGGAACUUGAUUCGCUACUCGUUCCUGAAGUACCCGUACUUCCGUCUAAAUGUCACGGUUUUCGACGAGCGUGAGAAGGCCAAGCCAUUGGGUGGUGAUGGCGCUACUAUUGAUACAGAGAUCGACAUGGAGAUCGCUAGCAAGACCGUAGUAGAGAACGAUGUUUCACCAUUCGUGAAACCCAACGACCGCGCCAUGUGUGCUUUUCACCCGCAUGGCGUUCUCUCCAACGGCUGGGCGUUCAAUGGCGCACAUCACAUGAGUUUCGAGCGAGCUGACUGUCGAUGGCUCGUAGCUGAAAACCUCUUCUGGUUCCCCGUUAUGAGAGACUUACUAAACUGGAUGGACUUUAGCAGCGUUGCCAAAUCGACCUUCCAUCGAUUCAUGCCUACUGGCCAGAACGUGUGUUUAAUCCCUGGAGGAUUCGAGGAGGCAACACUCUACGAGCGAGGCAAACAUCGUGUGUACAUCAAGAAACGCUUUGGAUUCAUCAAAUUGGCCUUGCAACACGGAUACAAGGUGCAUCCAGUGUACACGUUCGGCGAGGAGUAUGCUUAUCAUACUUUCCCGUAUCUACUUAACUUUCGUCUUAAACUGAACGAGUUCAAGAUACCGGGGGUGCUCUUCUUCGGUCUACCGCAAUGCUUCUUUCUGCCUUGCACCGAUGUGGAUCUCAUCACCGUCGUAGGAGAAGCACUGAUAUUGCCCCGUAUCGAACAUCCGGCCAAGGAAGACGUGCAGAAGUAUCAUUCCAAGUACGUGGAGGCACUUCAAAAGUUGUUUGACAAGUACAAGUCGGUUUACGCCGUCGAUCCGGACGCCAAGCUGGAAAUUUACUAA